AUGGUAAACUUUCGUUCGUCAAUAUUUGGCUUCCUGAAUACUGAAGAUGAUUUCGCUGAAGGCAAUAUGGGAGCCAAAGAUAUUUUACUGGCCCUUAAGUGGUUGCUUGAUAAUAUAAGAAUCUUUAAUGGUGAUCCCGGAAGAAUAACUAUAAUGGGUUCAGGAGAAGCCACGACCUCCGUUGCAUCCAUGCUUUUGACGAGAGCGGCUGGAACUUUAUUCCAAAGAGCGAUUAUCAUGGAUGGAAGUGCUUUAUCCCCUGCUGACUAUAGACCAUAUAAUUUUGAAGUUGCCAAUAAAUUAUUUUGGAAGUUUAAUGGGAGUUGGGAUCAGUUUAAUCGUAGAGAACUUUAUAAUAUACUUAAAAAUACAUCAGCUGUCAAAUUAAAACUAGCCUCUCGUGACCUGUAUGACAGCACAGAAGUGAGAGAUAAACAGAGAUUAAUAAAUGCUUUUAGUUGCACAGUUGAAAAUAAUUCCGGUGACAGAGCAUUUAUGACGAAGUCACCAGUAGAUGUUUAUAAAGGAAAAAAAGUCAGCAAAAUAGAUGUUAUAUUUGGAUAUACAACAUUUCCAUCGCUUUUUAAAUUGGGUGGCAUUUCUAAAAACAGAAAACUGCUGAGAUAUUUAAAUUACAAUUUUCAAUAUCUGCUGCCAUUCGAGGGCCAAUGUGAUGAAUACUUAUCAAAGCGAUACAGAAAAAUAAGAAAGAAAAUCAUGAAUUUUUAUUUCAUAAAUGGAACUAUAACUGAUUUCAGUUUCAAAAGAUAUGCAAAAUACAUUUCCGACCAGACAAUAUAUCCAUUGCUUCGGCAAGUUGUAUUACAGUCCAAAGUAUCAAAAGGAAGCAUUUACUUGUAUCGACUUCCUUUCAAUGGACCGUUGAAUAUGAGGUGGAGAAAAUUUGUACCCAAUUUGAAAUGGAAAGGUGCGACUUCGGGCGACGAAAUCUGCUACCUAUUCAAAUGCAAAUCAGAAUUAGAAACUUAUAAUAGAAUUGGGAAGGUAAAUGAAACACGGUUUAUUAGCAGGAUUGUUAGACUAUUUGGAAACUUUGUCAAAUUUGGGGUCCCGACUCGUCAGGGUGUUGAUAAUAUUGUUGGAUCAUUAAAAUGGUUGCCGUUAGAAGAAAGAAGACCUUUAAGAGCUAUGAAUAUGGGACAUCAUUUUAAAAUGGUUAAUGUGCCCGAAGAAAAAAGAAUGCUUUUUUGGAAUCAUUUAAGAAAAAAAUAUUUCUCUAAUAAAUAA